AUGAGUUCACUCGCACUCGGUGCCUGGCAAUUCACACCUCUUGUCACGCAGUUCCCUACCAACGUUCUUCCAAACACAGGGUUCUGGAAAGCGACCAAUGGAUCGUGGGAGUAUCAGAUCCAGCUCGCAUGGCCACUAAACUGGACUACCCGAGCUGAGAGCACGACUGUGGAGACGAUGUACGUUCUGGAUGGCAACGCUCUCGGCUUGACAGCAACAGAAGCGUUCCGCCGUCGCCGCCCUGUCGAGUUCAACCAGCCCGAUAGUAUCGUGGUCUCCAUCGGCUACCCAGAAACGAUUCCCGAUUCACCCUACAGCACACAUCGCAGUUACGACUUCCAGCCCCCAGUCUGCAGCACCUGCCCUCCAGCACCGCAACCCGGCGUCCCAUCCAAUGCCGACAACUUCAUCCAUUUCAUCGACACGGUCCUCCGCCCCUGGGUCAAGAAAUCCGCCUUCCCUAAUGCAGCGUUCGACCGCGAUGCCCUGUACGGCCACUCCUUUGGCGGUCUCUUCGUUCUUUACGCCCUCGUCGCCCGUCCGGAACUCUUCGACACAUACCUCUGCGCCUCUCCAGCACUAUUUUGGAACAACGAUUAUGUCUUCAACAACACCGACUUCCUCAAACCUCUCUCGAACAAACCACCGAAGAAGAAGCCUGCGUUCCAGAUCAGCUAUGGUGCUCAAGAGCAGUAUCCGGUGAAGAGGCGGACCGAGACGGCUGCGCAGUUUGCGUUUAGGCAGAGCAUCCUUGUACCACAGCGGAUGACGGAUUUAUCGAAGAAGCUUUACAAUAAGCUCAAGGGUAGUCCCGUUCUCAGGGAUGUGAGCAUUCACGAAUAUCCAUUCAGCGGUCACGCUGCUGUAGGUGCAGCUGCGCUUGCGGAUGGGAUUGAUUAUUUCCUUGACUGGUAG